UGUGAAUGGAUUGCGGGUCACAAUUAUUCCAACUCACUAGUAAGCGGGUGGGUCAAUUUGAAACCAAAACCCACCCAAGCCACCCACCUCUAACAACAACAUGUAUGAAGUCUGGGGCUUUAAAGCCCAACCAGGAAAUCACAACGAAUUUCUAGCUAAUGGGCCCAUUACACAUCAUAUUCCGAGCGAGUGGGCCCAGUCCCUGAAUUGAGCGUCACUUGCAAAAGCAGAGUAAACCGGGAUCAGUUCAAGAUCUGAAAAAUUUAAAACGAUCCGAGUGCUGACCUUGAUCACAGGAAGAGCACCGCUGAGCUCUGACGACUGACAAUUGUUGGACGAAGACGGAAAGAUAGAUCUUCGAUAAUCCCGCAACCUCUCCGAUCCCUUCUCGCUCCAAUGGUGCGAAAGCGUUACCAAGAAGCUAAGACAGGCAUCGAGUAUCUGAAAUCGCUGAACUACAACAAGUACCUGAGCAAAGUGGGGAUAGGAAGAGACGACUGGUACUUCUGGAAGCAAAUAGGCAAGGCCCUGGCCUGCACCUACACCAUCUUCGGCCUGGCGUGGCUCUACAACGAGACCUCUCCGCUCGGGUGGUGGACGCUGAAGCCAAGACCCAAGGAGGAAAGGGAGCUGGCUCAUCUAUACGAGCGCCGGGAGUUCCCUUACCCGGGAGACACUGAAGCCAUGGAAGAGUUCGUCGCAAAGGGCGGAAUGAUCGGCACCACCAUCGGCCCCAAGGGCGUGGUCGAGACGGACAAGGACUCGUACAAUUACCAGAAGGAUCUGCAGAACAAGAAGUUCGACCAGGAGGCCCAGAAGCUGUGGAUCAGGAUGAGGAAUGAAGUCAUCCAGGAGCUCCAAGAGAAAGGGUUCGAUGUUGAGUGAACACUGUCACAAUACCAUCAUCAAAUACAUCUUUCCAUUUCCCUUAGAAGACCUAAUACCUCUGUUAUUGUGUGUCAUGAAUGCUGCUGACUACAAUGUUGAUUUUGCGCGCCAUGUUCUUCUCCCUCUCUCUGUCAAAGAUUGUUGUAUAAUCAAUUUGGGUGGAAUCCAAAGCGUCACUUGUGAGUGUUGUUGGAGCUGCCAAUGCCAUGGAUGGAUGGCUCACUAGUACAUUGUUGACUUUUGCGGCUACAGAGAUCAGCUAGAGAGUGAAUCUGUAACCAGCCAGGCGCCAGC